AUGACUGUUAAGAGGAUUAUUGUAUACGGCGGUCGUGGGAAUCUUGGGUCUACAUGCGUCAGCCAUUUCAAAGCAGCUAACUGGUGGGUGGGGAGCAUUGAUUAUUUCAAAAACGAGCAUGCGGACGCAAAUGUCGUUAUACCCAAAGAUUUGUCGUGGCUGGAACAAGAAGAACACGUGAUGCAUGAGUUAAGCGGCAUUUUGGAUAUAAAAAAAAUAAAUACCGUCGCUUGCGUUGCUGGUGGUUGGACUCCUGGAAAUGAAGUUAAAAGCCUGUCUAGACACGCAGUCCUUACUUGGAAGCAGUUCGUCUGGCCAUCUUCUAUUGCAGCCUCAGUUGCCGCUAAAUAUCUCGCGCCAGGCGGCGUGCUUACGUUUACAGGGGCUCAAGCUGCACUGAGAGGUACACCAGGUAUGAUUGGAUAUGGAAUGGCUAAAGCGGCCGUUCACCAACUCACUAAGUCUAUUGGUGCUAAAAAUUUUGGUUUAGCACAGGAUUCACUAGUAGUAGCAAUACUUCCUAAGGUAUUGGAUACUCAGGCGAAUAGACAAUUGAUGCCUGAAGCUAAUUUCAGUUCAUGGACGCCUCUUAGUUUCGUUGCCGAAUUAUUGUUGACAUGGUCAAAGGGUAUAGCACGCCCACCUAGUGGUAGCUUGGUCGGUCUUAUUACAAAGAAUAAUAUUACUACGCUUGUUAUGGAAGACGAACUAAUUCGUAGUGUACAUCCACAUAAAGAAGAUUUAGAAAUAGAUUCUUAA